AUGACUAUGGUACACGACAAUGCCGAACAGCGUGUGAAGGCCGCUGUGCCUCGCUUGACGAUGAUGACAGCGGCACGCUUCUGGAUGGGAGACAAGGCUUCCGAAGACGAUAACGCCCCAGUCAGCGUGGAACAGCUCCAGAUGGACAUGCGAGAUCCCGCAAUACACAGGCUACGACGACUAGCAGGCCUAAAGCGUCACCAUGCGGCAACCAAAAAGGAUAGCUGCUACGAGACAGUCCAUCCAAAAGCGUUGGAUAUCCGAGGACUGGUUGACGGGAAGAGCAAGCGAAUCAAGAAGGAGCUGACCAAGCAAGACGUUAUGAUCAAAUCUCAGGGCCAAGACUUGACUAAGAAGUACCAAUUGAUUCAUUCUGAUCUGGGAGAGCUACUUCGAUCCAUGUCCGAUGGAGCUUCACCUUGCGGCCAUGGCAACAGUAACAACAACGACGACAACGGCAGCCCCCAUCGCUUGGUAACGUCGACAUGA